AACAACACCACCACCAUGGCUGCACCGAUCGUGUAUGAUGACGUCGCAGAGGGAACCACGCUCGAUGGCCAACUAUUUGCCGGCAAGAAAUUCUGGGUCGCGCAGCGUGUGCCCUCGCGAACGCGUCUGCUAGACCUCAUAACGAGCAACGGUGGAGAAGUCGUGAUGCUUGAGAAAAAGGCGGAUUACCUGAUCGCGGACCACUGGCGAAAAGAUUGUCCAGCAGGGUCAAUAUCGUAUACGUUUGUAGACAAAUCCAUCGAGAAAGGCGAGCUUGAAGAUCCAGAGGACCAUCGCGCAGGACCACGACUGGGCGAGGCGCGUGAACCAGGAUCUAUCAGCAGACCUGCAAAAGGUGGGAGAGCGCCAUAUACUCCAGACGAAGACAGGAUACUCUAUAAGUGGGUGAGGGAUGCUGAAGCAGCGGGAGGUCAGUCGAGUGGGAACGAGAUCUACAAGCAGCUGGAAGCAAAGUAUCCACGACACCCGUGGCAGUCGUGGCGCGAUCGUUACCUCAAGCAGCUGCGGACACGCCCUCCAUCUGCAUUCAACAUACCCGAUAAUGCUCCGCCAUCCCCACCGUCAGAUCAAGCCGUCCAAACCACGCCUCCAGUACCAUCGUCCUCCAAACAAAUCAAGCCGUCAACUUCGGAAAACCCACAAAGUUUAGGUACUAAGAAGGUUAGCGGCCUGGGAAAGUCCAGGAUGAAAGAAGAGUAUUCAACAGAGCAACUGUCGGCUACAUUCAGUUCAGAAGACUGGGAGGAGCUAUAUGCCAGUGUGGAGGUCAUCGACUGCCAUGUAGGACAAGACGCUUACGAUGAUGCAUGGGCGAAGUGGGCUGAAGCACAGGACAACCAGACUGCUGAGCAGUGGCGCCAAUACUACGAGAAAGUCGUUCGUCCGCAGUGGUUACGCGAUCCAGUCUCGAAGAGGGACCAAAUUAACAAGAAGGUUGGAGAGAAGUAUAAUGAAAAGCGCGCGAGUCAGAGCCAGCAACAAGACGAGGACUCACAAGACGAUGAAGCACCAGAGGUUUCGACCCCCAAGCCACCCAAAGCCUUGAACGAGAAAGAUACACCUGCAUCAAGAGGUCUGUCGAACUCAAAAGCCCUCCACGACCAACCAUAUGUUACGCAGAAAGAAGAGAUCAUACCAACGAAGACACGCGAAUUAACGAACUCAGACGACGAGCGCUUUGAACAACUACUUGAGACCCACAAAGUAGACAGUACGACGACAGCAUACACUUUCUUUGCCCGAGAGAAUAAAUGGUCAACAUGGAAUGAGAAUCUUGAUCUCGAUCACACCGAGCUGCACGAGCUACUUCUGUCACAAUGGGGUUCGCUCCCGGAAAAGGACAGAGCACCCUAUCUUGCUAUGGGUAAGGCAGGGGGGAAGCGGCUCGCACCAGAGACACAUGCUGAGCUGAUGUCUUCUUCAACUGCCCAUCACGAGUCGCCAAAGCAUCUUGACGAACUAUACAAGAAGACACUGAAACGUAUACGCGAGGAAGAUGCCGAUGAGCCUGAGGACCAUGACAAGGAAUCGCGCCCCAUGAAGCGGCUCAGGAACGUGCGCUUCUCGCCUGCUUCUGAGGGGAGGACAGGACAUAUCAGUUCCAUUGGCACGCAGGAUCAGCCGUUAGAGAUAUCCUCCGAAGCAACAUCGAUUGCUAGCUCAGAAGACGAAGACACGACACUGCAGCCGGAAGAGCAAACGACAGAAGACAUUGUUCAGGUAAAGCUUGAGGUUGAAAAAGUCCUCGAAUUCGACGCAGACCAAGCUACCGACAGCAUAGAAGUCGACGAGUUCAAAGACAUCGACGACAUAACUCCGCCACCAGAUGAAGACGACGAAUCCGACCUCCCUUCAAACACCCCGACACCGCGCGCAACCCGUCGCAAAGCCCCAGCCUUCGAUACGCAAGCCAUUCUCUCCUCACCUUCCGAGGGCAUCCCCAUCGCCGCUCUUCCCCGCCCACGCUACACACGCGACCUGUCCUCCCCCUCCCCAGAAAUCACCAUCAGCGCUCUCCCGCGCCUCACCAACUCCACACGCGACAUCUCCAGCCGCGCCGAAUCCGAAGUAUCAGCGCAUAUGGACCCGCCAUCCUCGAUCCACGAGCCCGAGUCCGAAGCCUCAACAACCCAGUCCCUAGAGGAAUUCCGCUCCUUCAACUCCGACGAUAAACCCGCCUACAUCGCGCCCUUGCCCCGCCCCCGCCGCGCAUCCCCCUCCCCAACCCCCUCCUCCGCAUCCUCCACCGACUCCGGACAAGGCGAUCCCGACGUGCCCCUCGCAGCCGACGAAAUGAACCUCUUCUUCGACGAAAUGCGCACAGAUGUCAUCACGGACGACUUCAUCUCCAAGGCGCUCAUGCGCACACGGUGUCGUCCUAACUUGGCGAUGCGCGUUUUGGAUGCGUGGAGCAAGGGCAGGGCGCUGCCGAAUCAACGCGGGAUAUGGAGUAGAGAAGAUGAUGAGGCGGUGGAGAGUGGGGAUGGGCGGGCGCUGAUGGCACUUGAGAGGAAGCAUACGUUGGAUGGGUGGGGAGGGAUUACAGAGCGGUUGGUGUUUUUGGAGGCGUGUCGGGGGAGGUAGGAAGGUGCGUGAUGGGUUGAGGGGCUGGUUUUGGGUAUGCUAGUAAGUGGACUGCUGGGAGUCGGCAAUCAUCUUCGGCCGGAGAACUAUGAGGGAGUGGAUAGUUGGGAGGAUCGCCUAGCACUCGAUGGAACGUUUGUGAACAUUUACUAUCAUAAUAAGCGGUAUCAAAAUCAAUGUGUAUGAGGCAAACCAC